AUGGCUCUCCGUCUGUGGGUGGUUGCCCUGGCCUUGGGUGCCCUUCUUGUUGUGGACAGGGAAGUGCCAGUGUCAGCAGAAGAGCUUGUUUUCUCAAGAAUGCCCGUCUGUGAUCAUAUGAGGGAGUCUCCAAAAUGUUCCCAGACAUUCAACCUGGUCUGCGGCACUGAUGGGGUCACAUAUGACAAUGAAUGCCAGCUUUGCUUAGCCCGGAUAGAAACCAAAAAGGACAUCCAGAUCGUGAAGGACGGCAAAUGCUGA